UUUCUGGGUUAUUCUAUUAUUUGUCUUUAACAUAACUUAUGGUUUGUGGGUUGUGUUUUUGUUCAAUUUUAGCGUUUUCUUUUGCUUUAAUUCUCCAAGAUUACUCUGUUUCAUUUGUAUUUACAGUUUCUUUGAGUGUAAAAUUAGAGUACUUUGUUUAUGCCCCCAAGUGUUGGGUGAAGUGCCUAUCAGAUCUUAAACUACUGGUUUAUUGGGUUUCAAUUUCAGUAUUUCUUUUCGUUUAAUUCUCCAAAUUAGAUAUAUCAUGUUAAUGUCCAUUUUAUUGUGUGAAAUUUUAGUACUUUGUUUAUGCACUCAAGUUUUUGAUGAGAUGCCAAUGGGAAAUUAAAGUACUAUGUGUUGAGUCCAUAGUUAAUUGUGAUAUUAUGAUAUUGAUUAGGAGCAGUUAUGGAACAAGUUGAGUUAUUGAGAGGUGACAAACUCGUAUUGAGGGGGUUGAAGUUUCAUGGCUUUCACGGAGUGAAGCCCGAAGAAAGAAAACUCGGUCAGAAGUUUUUGAUCGAUGUAGAUGCUUGGAUGGAUCUUCGGAUGGCUGGUAAAACUGAUUCCUUGUCCGAUACUGUUAGUUAUACGGACAUUUAUCGCAUAGUUAAGGAAGUUGUUGAAGGACAACCUCAGAAUCUUCUUGAGUCAGUGGCUCAACUCAUUGCUUCGAACACUCUGACAAAACACUCUCAAAUUUCUGCCGUAAGAGUGAAGGUUGGGAAGCCUCAUGUUGCUGUUCAUGGCCCUCUUGACUACUUGGGGGUUGAGAUCCUCAGAUACAGAAAUAUCGAUGGACCAAACUGCUAAGUACUUGGAAUUUUCUUGUAACAUCUGGCAUUCGUCUCGUAUUUUCUUGCAGUCUUAUUUUUUCUUCCCCAAACUUCUGAAAACCUCAGGCGGUGAUGAUUCAAUGUUCAGUUUUGUUAUUGUUGAAUUGAUGUUAACGUUAAUUAAUUACCAUUUCGGGUUUUAUUUUGAAA